UUUAUAGUUUCAUCUCAGCAACAUGAACAAUAAUAAAAACAACAUUAAACCAUCAUAGUAAGAGUAACUUGGAGUGUGAAUGAAUUGCUUCCAAGAUUAUUUUAAGAUUUGAAUGGGAUUGUACUUUGGCAUAGCCCCACCUGUUGGAAUUUUCUCUUGCGACACUCAUUCAUAUAGUAUCCGGUCCUGCCGGUUCUUUUCCUUUAUAAACUACUGGCUUGAUUUGUUUCGCGUUUCCUUUUGUGUUAAACUUCUACGGUUUUCCAACAAUGAAGUUUUAUACGAAGUUAUUUUUACUCUGCAGCCUUGGCGUCGCUUUCAUUGCUGUUCAAUGGAGCGGCCCGUCUUUUAAUGCAGAGUCUUUAAAAGGUGCCCGGGUGCUGGUGACCGGUGCCAGUACUGGGAUCGGUGAGCAGUUGGCCUACCACUAUGCCCGCUUGGGAGCCCAACUUGUUAUAACAGCGAGGAGGGGAAAUGUCCUGGAACAAGUUGUGAACAAGUGCCUGGAAAUGGGUGCACAGAAAGCCUUGUUUAUCCCAGCAGACAUGGCCAAACCUGAAGAUUCGGACCGCGUGGUUCAGUAUGCCAUCGACCAGUUUGGGGGGCUGGAUUAUUUGGUUUUGAACCAUAUCGGGCCGAGUCCAUAUGGAAUGUGGGAUGGAGAUGUGGAGCACACUCGAUGGUUAUUACAGGUGAAUUUUCUCAGUUUUGUACAGAUGGCUAAGAAAGCCUUGCCAACACUUGAAAAGAGCAACGGAUCCAUAGUUGUCGUUUCCUCCCUGCUGGGAAAAGUAACUAGCCCUUUUGCUUUGCCUUACGCUGCAACUAAAUUUGCGCUGAAUGGAUUCUUCGGAGGUCUGCAACAUGAACUAGCGAUGCAAGGAAGCAAUGUCUCUGUGACUAUCUGCACACUCGGCCUUAUCGACACAGAGACCGCAAUGGAAAAAAUCAAAGGUUACAUCAAUAUCACCGCAUACCCUGCACACGAAGCCGCCUGGCACAUCAUUGAAAGUGGAGCAACUCGGCUAACGGAGGCCUAUUACCCCUGGUACACCUACUACGUUUGUCUCUUUAGGGAUUGGUUUCCUUAUUAUAGGGAUCUGGCGACUCGAAAUUCCUACACGUAUAAUCCACAAGCUGUAGGGAAUCAGUGAGUAAAAGAUUUCAAUAGAAAUCUGUCUGUGGAAGGACACAUGAAACAAUAAAACAUUCAGAUUCCACUCCGAUACUCAUCAAUAAAAAAAAAAAAUGCUCAUG